AUGGGUGACCAUGUCCUCUUCUUCUAUGGAACCCUGAUGGCACCGCAGGUGCUACACCGAGUAAUUCACGGGCGUAGGGAGCCCGAACUCUGGCAGAAAACGAUGCUUCGAUUCCAGCCAGCUGUGUUGCUCGGUUAUCGGCGCCAUCGUGUGCGGGGUGCAGACUACCCAGGCAUUGUACCGGCAUCAAAGGCUACGGCUAGGUCUUCCGUGCUAGGGACACUUGUCUCUGGACUGACGGACGGUGACGUUCACCGUUUAGAUAUGUAUGAGGGGGAUGAGUAUACUCGAGACCCAGUUACUGACGUGUUGGAUGCGACAGAAGAGAAAUCAAAGGUUGAAGGCGAUGAAGUUCAGGCGAAGACUUAUGUCUGGGUGGCCGGGGAAGGAAGGCUGGAGGAUGCAGAAUGGGAUUUCGAAACAUUUAAAAAGGAUAAGAUGGCAUGGUGGGUUAAUGCUGAUGAGAGUCAGUGGUAG